AUGAGUAGUUUUGCUGAGUCUUUCAGAGAGCUUCUUGAAUCUAUGCUUGAUAAGUUUCCCUUUGAAGUAUUGUGUGAGAUGGCAGUAAGAGCCAAACUGUUGUGGCAUCGAAGAAAUUGCCUAGUGUUUGAGGAUUCAUUCUCUUCACCUGCUAGGCUCUCCAAAAAGAUCCAAGCAGAAGUGGCACUAAUUAGAUCAGAAGCUGAGCAAAGAGUUGUUAAGCAGCCAAAACAAGAUCUGAGCCCUCAAACGUGGACACCUCCCCCUCUAGGAGUGCUCAAAGCAAACUGGGAUGUUGUUGUAGAUAAGACUAACUCAAGGGUGGGACUUGGGGUUGUCAUCAGAGACUCCAAGGGCCUUCUGGGAGCUACUUUGUGGGCAUGCAAGGCCACGCUCCCGGAUCCCAUACUCGGGGAGGCAGCUGCUGUUCUUCGAGCUACUUCACUCUGUGCUGAUCUGGGUCUCACUCACAUUGUGUUGGAAGGUGAUUCGUUGGGAAUAGUCAAGGCAGUGCAGCAGACAGAAGAGUGGUCUUCAGUUGGCCUUAUGGUCAGAGACAUAAAACUUCUUCUUUCCAAGUUCAGUAGCUAG